AUGAUUGCUGAAGUUCCUGCGCAAGUUCCAUUUGAGAUGCAGCCAGGAGGUUUGCCCAAGCCUGGAAACCCAGCUUUUCCAGCAAAUCUCGAUCCAGAUGUUCUAUCUCGGGUUCCGAAAUUGAGCCCUGCCCAAGCUGGACACCUUCGUCACUUCCACAACUUAGCAGGUCAACUUGAUGGGGAUUGGCACCAUAUGGGAAGCUGUGAUCCGGGUCAAGAAGUGUUUGGAGCCUACCGUUACCAACUGGCCACGAUGACGUAUGCAGCUAGCGCUGCACAUUAUCAUCGCCUCCCUGUCAUGAGCUCCGUGUUCCGCGUUCUUUUCGAACAGCUAAUCCACAAGAUGAUGCUGCGGGACGUGUGGGGAUAUUGGUAUCUCACUUCGCAGUCCGGAAAACGGAUUGAUCCCGACAUCAUGGAACUCCGCAAGCCAUGGCCUGAUCCGGUUAUAAAGGAGAAUAUCAUGUUCAGUGGCCACUUGUUGCUCAUGGUAAGCCUAUAUGCGAUGCUGUUCAACUCUGACAAGUACGAAAGAGAAGCCUCUUUGACGUUUGAGUGGGAUCCGGUAUUUUGGGGGAUGGGAUCUCAGAAGUACCAAUACAACCGCGCCUCUCUGCAGGCCGCCAUUAUCGAUGAGAUGGAGAAGAGCGAAUGGAUGGGCGUCUGCUGUGAGCCGAAUAAUGUGUUCGUCAUCUGCAAUCAGUUUCCAAUCAUAGCGAUGCGGUAUAAUGACGUUCGUGAUGGUACCUCUACCGCCGAGAAAGUUUUGGAAAAUUACAAGGCUGCGUGGCUUGCCAGGGCAGGUGGUUUCACCCGUAAGACCGAGGAUGGCGAGGACGGAUUCAUCGAAUUCUGGAUGGUCAAGCAAGACGUACUAGUGCACAAUGUCCUGGGUGUGGCAGCCAACGCCUGGGCCUCUGCGUUCAUGAAUUCUUGGAACUCCGAGUUCGUCCAUGGUGUUUUCUCAAGACACUUGAGAUGCCUUCUGACCAAGUUUCCUGAUGGCCGCGUGAAUUUCAACAACAAGAAGGUGAUCAAACAGCUAAAAACAAUCAUUCCAAUCGACAGAGGCUCCCCCAAGCAGCUUACGAAUUCGCCUGAAGAGUUUCAACGAGCGCUGUCAGUCGCACGAACAGACCUCUCAAAUCAGCAUAUGCCCACUCCGAUGGGGCCUGCCUGUCCAUCGAUGGAUUUCGGUUUCUUGGUUCAAUGGGUUUCAGAGGUAGCUCCGAUUGAAGAUCAGGAUGGAGAUGACAUCUUGGAAGGUCUGCUAUGCCACGCUGACACAUAUCUAAACCCGACUUGGGAAAAAGGUGGAUUGUACUAUCCACGCAGGGACAUGCCACUAAGCGAUGCUGAAGGUAACUGGGUUGUGAUGGACCCGCUCUCUGGCAAUGCGAGCAUUCCUUAUGGGCGUUUGAACGUCAGAGAUGGGCAGAAGAAGAUGUGGGAUCAACCCUGGGCUGAAGAGCACCACGGAAAGUAUCCGAAAAUCGAAGGCGUGGACCUCUCUAGCGGCGUGGACUUUCUGCGCGGCGAAUGGCUGGAUGAGCACGGGACACUUGUGCUCACAAUGAAGAGUUGGAAUGAUAUAACCAGGCUUGUUGCACCAAAGGUUGUCAAUCUCCCUACAGGAGUUUACGGAGUUUAUGUUUCUGGCAAUUUAAUCAAAGUCCAUGAGAUACGGGAACGCGACAUUCUUGAAAUCCCGCUCGCUGUAGGAGCAGCAGAAGUCGACGUCGUUGUGCUCCAAUCAAGAUUAGAAUGA